CUUCCCUCCUUCCUUCCUUCCAUUCAUUCAUUCAUUCAUUCAAAUAUGCCAAAAUCCGCACACCAAACCAGAACCUCUUCUCUCAAAUUCCCACUCCCACUUCUUAUAUAUCCUCUCCCAACCCCAUCUGGGUCUUCCCAAAAUCCUACCUUUUCUUCUUUUAAACUUCCCCCCUCAUGGCCGCUUAUUCUUCUUGGUUGGAUUCUGUUGACACUUCUCUAGAUCUCAACCUUCAACCGCUCAGAUUCUCCGGCGACGCUCCGAAGGAGAGGAAUUACAUGGAGGUUGAGAGGAAGGUUUCUGUGAAAGAAGAGACUGGAGCUUUAAUGGAGGAAUUGAAGAGGGUGAAUGCAGAGAACAAGAAAUUGACUGAAAUGUUGUCUGUUGUGUGUGAAAAUUACAACACUUUGAGAGGGCAUUUGAUGGAACAGAUGAACAAAAGUGGAGAAAAGGAGAUUUGUUGUUCUUCAAAGAAGAGGAAAUCUGAGAGUUCUGAGAGUAGCUCAACUGAUGAAGACUCUUUCAAGGAACCAAAACAGGAAACCAUUAACAAAUCUGCUAAAAUCACGACAGUUCAAGUCAAAAUUGGAGCUUCUGAUUCAAAUCUGGUCGUUAAAGAUGGAUAUCAAUGGAGGAAAUAUGGCCAAAAGGUCACUAGAGAUAAUCCUUGUCCUAGAGCUUAUUUCAAAUGCUCUUUUGCCCCAACCUGCCCUGUCAAGAAGAAGGUUCAAAGAAGUGUAGAAGAUCAAUCAGUUCUGGUGGCCACAUAUGAAGGCGAACAUAACCAUCCACAAGCAUCUCAGAUCGACCCCACUUCCGCCCGUUCUGUCAGCAUAGCUCCGGCGCCGCUCACGGCAGCUCCGAGAUCCUUGUCUGCGCCGCCCAAACCGACGACAGAAGCUAAAACGAUUUCCAACCCAAGAUUUGAGUCGCCGGAAGUGCAAAAGUUUCUCGUCGAACAGAUGGCUUCUUCGUUGACAAAAGAUCCCAAUUUUACGGCGGCGCUAGCGGCGGCGAUAUCGGGAAAGAUUUUCCAACAUUAAUUAAUCUGGAUUGGAGUAUUGGGGUUUAAGAAUGGGGCGAAUUCUCCAUGAGAUUAAUCUGUAAAUACACACAGAAGAAGAGAAGAUUUGACCGAUUUUUGGAGAUGGGAAGAUAGUACUGAGAUUUUUGAAAAAGAAAGAAACACAAAAAAUUCUCCCACCAAAUUCUUGUUUCAAUUUGUAAUGCCCAAAUUCUUCAAUCAAUUCAAUGAAUUUGAAUAUGUAUUCUCUGUGAUCCAA